UAGCCUAUACGUUCAGAGUGUAGAAAAGGGCAAAACCCUGAACCCUAAAUUGUCUCUCUGCCUUUUUGUAUACUAUAUGUUCAAAGUGUAGAAAAGGUGAUUUUGGUGUUGGAUUUGGGCGAAGAGUGUUAAGGUUUCGUUUGCUUCUGCUGAGCUGCUAUAGCAAUACCAUCAAUAUCAAUGGCGGAGGUGAAAAUCUCAGAGAUGCGGGACCUAACCCGAAUAGAACGCAUAGGGGCACACUCCCAUAUCAGAGGUCUAGGCCUUGAUUCUGCACUCGAACCCCGCCUAAGCUCUGAAGGCAUGGUGGGCCAAACUUCGGCUCGAAAAGCUGCCGGUGUCAUUGUUAAGAUGGUUCAAGAAGGUAAAAUCGCGGGUCGUGCAGUUCUCCUCGCUGGUCAACCAGGGACUGGCAAGACUGCCAUAGCUAUGGGCAUGGCUAAAUCCUUAGGCCAAGAAACCCCUUUCGCUAUGCUCGCUGGAAGCGAACUUUAUUCCCUUGAGAUGUCGAAAACUGAAGCUUUAAUGCAGGCUUUUCGUAAAGCAAUUGGUGUGCGAAUUAAAGAAGAGUCUGAAGUUAUUGAAGGUGAAGUUGUGGAAGUUCAAAUUGAUCGCCCCACAGUAGCUGGAGCUGCAUCUAAAACGGGGAAAUUGACGUUGAAGACGACUGAUAUGGAGACGGUUUAUGACUUGGGAGCGAAGAUGAUUGAGGGUUUAGGGAAGGAGAAAGUUCAGAGUGGGGAUGUUAUUGCUAUUGAUAAGGCUUCUGGGAAGAUUACAAAACUGGGGAGGUCGUUUUCAAGGUCGAGGGACUAUGAUGCCAUGGGACCCCAGACUAAGUUUGUACAAUGUCCUGAAGGGGAGCUGCAGAAGCGCAAGGAGAUUGUACAUUGUGUUACCCUUCAUGAAAUUGAUGUCAUAAAUAGCAGGACACAGGGAUUUUUAGCAUUGUUUACAGGUGAUACUGGUGAGAUUCGUGCUGAAGUGAGAGAACAAAUAAAUACCAAGGUUGCAGAGUGGAGGGAGGAAGGGAAGGCAGAGAUUGUGCCUGGUGUCCUCUUCAUUGAUGAAGUACAUAUGCUUGACAUUGAGUGUUUCUCUUUCCUAAACCGAGCUCUGGAGAAUGACAUGGCACCUAUAUUGGUUGUUGCUACCAAUAGAGGCAUUACUACAAUCCGGGGAACAAACUACAGAUCCCCACAUGGGAUUCCCAUUGACUUUCUUGAUCGCCUGCUCAUCAUCUCUACACAACCUUACAAAGAGGAAGAAAUUCGCAAAAUCCUGGACAUCAGAUGCCAAGAGGAGGAUGUAGAAAUGUCUGAGGAUGCAAAAGUUUUGUUGACCAAGAUCGGGGUGAAUACUUCUUUGAGAUAUGCCAUCCACCUUAUCACUUCUGCAGCAUUGGCUUGCCAAAAGCGGAAAGGGAAGAUUGUGGAAGUGGAAGAUAUUACUCGAGUCUAUAAUCUGUUUUAUGAUGUGAAGAGAUCCACACAGUACUUGAUGGAGUAUCAGAGCCAGUACAUGUUUAACGAAGUCCCAGCAGGGGAGGCUGAAGAAGAUGAAACCACUGCAAUGGUGUCCUGAAAGCUUCUUGACUUGGGAUUCAGGAGAUUGCAACCAUUCCUAAAUUCAUUUCUUGUACAAAACCUGUGCUGGAUUAACAAUUAUGUCUUUCUUAUUUACUUUAAGAACCUAGUCUAAGUUGGUGUUUGGAUAUGAAUUUUGUGAUAUUCGAAGAAAAUAGUAUUCUGUGUUC